ACUUACAACCGUGUGGAAAAUGGAAGCGAGUUCGCUUACCCGACGUCGUUUUUUCAAUUCUGCAUCUGCAUCUUUCUGUAGCUUCUCCACUUAUCUUUUCUUCCCCAAAAAGUAUAAAAAACUUUUCAAGAAAAAUGAGAUUUCUGCAACAGCUAACGCUUUUGAGCUUCCUCUUCCUCUUCAUAGUGAAUCCAAUCUCAGCCAAAUUCUACCACAACGUUUCUUCCAUACCACCGUUACAGUUCCUAAACGCCACCCGAAGCGCGUGGGAAACUUUCGAGAAACUCGCCGGUUGUCACGUCGGAGACAAAGCCGACGGCCUCUCCAAACUCAAACAAUACUUCCGUCGUUUCGGUUACAUCUCCGCCGCCUCCGUCGUCGAUAAUUUCACCGACGAUUUCGAUGACGUCCUCCGAUCGGCCGUCAACACUUACCAGAGGAAUUUCAACCUCAAGGUCACCGGUAAACUCGACGCGUCUACUCUCCGGCAGAUCGUUAAACCGAGAUGCGGAAAUCCCGACAUGAUCGACGGGACCUCGGAGAUGAACGCCGGUAAGAAACUCCGUACGACGGAGAGAUACUCGUUUUUCCCCGGGAAACCGCGGUGGCCGAAACGGAAACGAGAUCUGAGAUACGCGUUCGCGCCGCAGAACAAUCUCACCGACGACGUGAAGGAAGUGUUCGCACGCGCCUUCGCGCGUUGGGCGAAUGUCACUCCGCUGAAUUUCACGCGCUCGGAGUCACUAAUCGGCGUCGAUAUAGUGAUCGGAUUUUUCGUCGGCGAUCACGGAGACGGAGAGCCGUUCGAUGGAGCGAUGGGGACACUAGCGCACGCGUCUUCUCCGCCUACGGGGAUGUUCCAUCUCGACGGAGACGAGGAUUGGCUGAUCUCUGACGGCGAAAUUAGCCGUAGGAUAUUGCCGGUGACGUCGGUUGUGGAUCUGGAAUCGGUCGCGGUUCACGAGAUCGGUCAUCUUCUAGGGUUGGGUCACUCGUCGGUGGAAGAUGCAAUUAUGUUUCCGGCGAUUUCCGGUGGAGAUCGGAAGGUGGAGCUUGCGAAGGAUGACAUUGAAGGGAUUCAGCAUCUGUACGGAGGAAAUCCGAACGGUGACGGUAAAACAAACAGUGGAGCUGAGUCCGGCGUCGAUUGGAUUCGUCGGUGGAGAGGGCUGAUGCUUAUUAGCCUCUCAUCGCUUGCCACGUGCAUAUUCUUGAUUUGUUUAUAGAACUAUGACAAGAUUUAUAUCCUUUAUUUUUGAGGUCAAUAUUCUUUUUUAUCGGGAAAAUAUAAACUUAACCGAAACUAAACCGGAUCGCACCUAAAUCUAAAGUAAACCGAAGCUCACCGUAUUCUCUAGAAUCUUU